AUGAGCGUUAGUUCAUUCGAAAUUUUACCUGACGAUAUUCUUUAUGAAAUUUUUGCUUAUUUGUCUCCAGUUGAUAUUCUUCAAUCAUUGUUUUCAUUGACUAAACGUUUGUCAAGAGUCAUAUCAAAUGAAUAUUUAUGGAACAUUCAUAUUGGUGAUACAACAAUGUCAUUAUCGAUGUUUAAUGAUCAAUGUCAAAAUAUCUUGAAAUUAAUAGGAGGUCGGGUUGUCUCAUUACGUUUAACAUUAAUCCAUGUUAUUGGUGGAUGGUCAUUUGUUUCAUCUUAUCUUCAGUAUCAUCAGAUAACAUUGCUUCAACGUUUACAUCUGAUUGACAUUAAACCACAUGAAUUCGAUAAAUUAUUGCGCAAUCAUGUAAUAAAACACUUAAAUAUUUUAUUAGUUGAUGUGACGUCAUCUAGUUCAUUCAAUUGUCUUCAAAUCGAAGGAGUUUAUCUAGCUAAGGUGUGUUCAAGAAUGCCUCUUCUAAAAAUUUGUCGACUUCCUUUUGAUUAUAAUGAUAUCAAUGUUAAUCAAGUAGAAAACGAUUCAUUAUAA